AUGACCGAGAUUUCAACGACGCGAGGGCUCCCUGAAGAGGUAGUGACGCACCCACUAGUGCUAUUAAGCAUCGUAGAUCACUAUAAUCGUGUGGCUCGCGAUACAAGCAAGCGUGUAGUCGGCGUUUUAUUGGGCUCGACCUUUCACGGCAAGUGCGACAUCACCAACUCGUUCGCCGUACCAUUUGAUGAAGACUUGCGUAACCCAGGCAUUUGGUAUUUAGACCAUGACUUUUUGGAGAGUAUGUAUCAAAUGUUCAAAAAGAUCAAUGCCAAGGAACGCAUUGUGGGCUUUUACAGUUCGGGUCCUAAGAUUCGCAAGGCCGAUUUGGACAUUGACGACUUGUUUCGUCGCUACUGUCCGAACCCUGUGCUAGUCAUUUGUGACGUUCGUCCUAAUGUGGAAGGGCUUCCCACUACUGCUUAUGGAUCGAUUGAAGAAGUGGAAGAAGAUGGUAAGGCCAUCAAGCGCGUUUUCAAGCAUAUAAAAUCUACUGUUGGUGCCUACGAAGCCGAGGAGGUGGGUGUCGAGCAUCUGUUGCGUGACAUUAAUGAUCCAUCGGUAAGUUCGCUAGCUGGACAGGUCAAACAUAAGAUGACGGCGCUCAAUGGGCUUAAAGAGCGACUAGAAGAAAUGAAGACAUAUCUUGAGAACGUUGUUGCAGGUCGUCUGCCACCGAAUUAUCAAAUCAUUUACAACAUGCAGACCAUUUUUAACCUGCUGCCCAACCUUAAUGUCGAACAACUUGUGCGCUCCAUGUUUAUGAAGACGAACGACAUGCAUUUUGUGAUUUAUUUGUCGUCGCUUAUUCGUUGCACGAUCGCUCUGCACAACCUUGUGAACAACAAGAUCAAAUACAAAGAGUCAGAAGAGAUAGCGUUUACGGAUAAAAAGGAGGAGAAAAAAGAAGCUACAAAGGAUAAGACGACCGAAAAAGCUCCGUAG